AUGAAAUGCAAGCAGGCGAACGAUUUGGCCCAACAGUUUAACCUGUGCUCAGCUGACGAACGUAAGAUCUUUUUUGAGGUGCCCAUCAUUGCUGAAAUGGAUAUGCUGUCGCACUGCACCCAGCUGAUACAGAAGGUGACCCGCAAGAAGAUCUUCGUCCUUGAAGAAUGCAUUGCUAUCGAACCGUUCCUAAAAGGAAGCUUCCAGAAAUUUAGCAGUACUUACUCAUCGUAUUACACGUGUAAUGGCGGGGGUGAUGGUGCCGACAUCACGGCACCAACAGCGAACUAUAACGGCACCGGCUAUGGAAAACACACGAAGGGCAAAAGUACUAACACAACCAACACAUAUGCAAACAAUUUGGCUUUUGUCGAAGCUUUUUCGCAUUACACCUACUGGUAUACAAAGGGUCGCAUGGUGGUUGAUGACCUACAGGGCGUCAUACAGGACACGAAUCAUUUCCGGUUGACCGAUCCAUCGAUACACUCGGUCAAGCUCUCAUACGGACCAACAGACAGUGGUCAAAACGGCAUCACGGCUUUCCUUUCUAAACACAGAUGCAACAAGAUUUGUGCCAAUUGGUUUCUCAAUCAACAACAUUGA